AUGUCCGAGUCCCAGUCCCAGGACAGCCGCUCCAGGACCCUGAACUUCAACGUGGGGGUUCUGGGACACGUGGACAGCGGGAAGACGUCCCUGGCCAGGGCUCUGAGCAGCACGGCGUCCACGGCAGCCUUCGACAAGAACCCGCAGUCCCGGGAGAGAGGCAUCACGCUGGACCUGGGCUUCUCCUCCUUCACGGUGGACUGUCCUGACCACCUGCUGCAGGCCGGGGGGGAGCAGCCCUACACCGGCCUGCAGUUCACCCUGGUGGACUGUCCGGGACACGCCUCUCUCAUCAGGACUAUUAUUGGAGGUGCCCAAAUCAUUGACCUGAUGAUACUGGUGGUAGAUGUGGUGAAGGGCAUGCAGACCCAGACAGCUGAAUGUCUGCUGAUAGGAGAGCUGACCUGUCCUCGCAUGGUGGUCAUCCUGAAUAAGAUUGACCUACUGCCACCUGACAAGAGACAAAGUGCCAUUGAGAAAAUGACCAAGAGAAUGCACAAGACCCUUGAGAACACCAGAUUUAAGGAAUGUCCAGUGAUUGCUGUUGCAGCGAAGCCUGGGGGCCCAGACGCCGCUGACACGGAGGAGCCACAGGGAGUGCCUCAGUUAAUAGAGCUUUUAAAGAAGCAGACAUACCUCCCAAAGAGAGAUCCCAAAGGUGACCUCCUUAUGGCCGUGGAUCAUUGUUUCUCCAUCCGUGGUCAGGGAACAGUCAUGACCGGGACCAUCCUGCAGGGGUCACUGGCUAUUAACGAUACCGUAGAAAUCCCAGUGCUAAAGGUGACCAAGAAAAUAAAGUCGGUGCAGAUGUUUCGGAAGCCCGUGUCUGGGGCCAUGCAGGGAGAUCGUGUGGGCGUGUGCGUGACACAGUUUGACCCCAAACUGCUGGAACGUGGUGUGGUGUGCACUCCAGGGUCCCUGCGCACCCUCUUUGCAGCCGUCAUCUCCGUGAGGAAGAUAGGCUACUUCAAGGGCUCUCUCGCUACUCGUGCCAAGUUCCACAUCACAGUGGGCCAUGAGACGGUGAUGGCGAGGGUGACCUUCUUUGGCCUGCCCCCUUCUGAUUCUAAACCCACUCCAUCAGAGCCUUGCUCGCUGGAAACACCCUUUACGUUUGACACAGAGUAUUUCUACCAGGAGGCGUAUGUCACCGGGCAGGGAGAAGGGAGUUCGGGGCCCGACCCGGAUCAGUGGGCCUUAUUGGAGUUUGAACGGCCCGUCACGUGUCCCGCUCUCGUUUUGGUAAUUGGCUCCAAGCUGGACACGGAUAUCCACGCCAAUGCGUGUCGCCUUGCCUUCCAAGGUCGCCUGUUACAGGGCUUUGAAGAUAAAAACUACACUGAGACUGCUCUGCCUCGUCUGCGGAUCUUCAAGACCAAACAGAAGGAGGGCCAGGUGGAGAGGGUGACCGAUGAUUACACCGUCAUUGGCCGCAGCUUAUUCAAGAAGGAGACAAACCUCCAGCUCUUUGUUGGGUUGAAGGUCACGCUGUCAACGGGCGAGAGUGGCGUUAUCGAGGGCGGGUUUGGACAGAGCGGGAAGUUCAAGAUACGCAUACCAGACGGUCUUCUGCCAGAAACCAAGCAGUUGUUAUCUUCCACUUCGAAGAAAAAAGGGAAGAGUGGGAGCAAAGGUGGACCUGCAAACGAAGAGGAGCCCAAAGCCGAUUCGCAGCCCAUUAGUAUUCACUUGCAUUUCAAGAGAUACGUCUUUGAUCCCCAUAAAAAGAUGGUUCAGUCUUGACCUGCGUUCCAGACGCUUCUGACUGAGUUAGCCGCAGAGACGGGUCAUUUUCAGAGUUCUGGUGGAGGAGCGGUGAAUGCCAGCCCUUUUUAUCAUGGCUGCGUUAAAAUUCAUUGCCUUUUUUCUGGGCGAUCGAGACAAUCAGCCAAAAUGAAAUGACUGAGGAAUGUUGAACAUUAAUGUGAACCAGGGAUGGACAUAAUCCCGUUUCCUUAAUCUCAAAGGUGAAUGCUGCUGUUUUCCAUACAUACUCUUGAUUUAUGUUGCAGUCGCUGGCCUGUUGGGUGACUAAAUCUGAAUGAAUUCUUUUGCCAUGUUUCUAACUGGCAUGAACACGUUUGCAGGAAUAUGGAGCUAACUGCUUUCAUAUUUGCUUCUCUUCAGCUGAGAGCCAGCUCAGUCCCAGGUUUGGGUUCACCGGCUCCUGCUCUGACAUCUGUGUUUCAACAAUAUUUUUUCCCUUUUCACACUACUUUUCUCAGUGCCAGAUUAUUAUUGAUUUGCUAAUUAUGUUGUUUGCUUGAUUUGAACAGAGUACUAAUGUUUUCAAACGGACAAAUAAAGCAAAGUCCUGCUCUGAUCUUUAA